AUGAAGAGCUUCGCCUUCCUCUCGUGCUUUGCGGCGCUUCUAACCAUCGCCGUCACAGCUGCUAGCCUCGAUGCUACUGGCCAAGUCCACAUGGAUGUUGGUGCCCGUACAAACGGUCGUUGGGCUCGCCCGGGUACUUAUUUCGACACUGAGCAGCCUGUAGCUGCCCCUGCUCUUGCUGCAUCCAGCGCUCAAUCACAGCUAGACUCUCUCCUGACCACUGCCUCUGGUAUGGGCGGUCCAGUCCGAGUCGAACUCCCCCUCGACACCAUCUCCUCUGCCGCAUUCGCUUCUUCCAACGUAGAACAGAUCAUCGCAACCCAAAAAGGCGAAUUCAUCGUCCUCACGCAUCGCGAGUUUCCUUCCGUCUCAGUUCGCAUCAAACAGCUCUACUCUCCCCCUCCCGCCAGCCAGCUCAAAGAACACGAUGUGGACCCGGACGCAUUCUGCGAUCCCACCGUCACCUCUUGGUCUGGCUACAUCGAUACCGCUUACGGAAGCAAGAGUCUUUGGUUCUACUUUUUCGAAUCUCGUUCCAAUCCUUCCAAAGACCCUGUCAUUCUCUGGACCAAUGGUGGACCUGGUUGUUCCUCCAGCCUCGGUCUUUUUAUGGAGUUGGGUCCCUGCCGAGUUCCGGAGAACAAAGGCAAAUUGACUCCUGGUCCUCCUAUCAACGGCACCAAGUGGCAUCCUCAGUCAUGGACUAAUCGCGCUAAUGUCUUCUUCAUCGAUCAACCCGUCGGUGUAGGCUACUCGUAUUCCAAGAUCGAUUUGAAGGUCUACACGACUGAACAAGCCGCAAAGGACGUCUACGCUUUUCUCCGCGUCUUCUUUAGCGCAUUUGACAGGUUCAAGAGUAACGAUUUUUACAUGGCUGGCGAAAGUUACGGUGGUAGAUACAUUCCUAUCUUCGCCUCGGAAGUGGCGGAUCAGAAUCAUGCUAUCGAACGGGCCGCGCUGAAAGCUGGCAAAAAGCCUAACAGGGACCAACUUAUCAACCUCAAAGGAGUUCUUAUCGGAAACGGGUUGACCGAUGUAUCCAAACAGAUUUCCGGAUACUACGAUAUGACAUGCACCCGACGUGGUGGAGUAGAACCCAUCCUCUCCAUCGACACAUGCAAGCGUAUGCAUAAUUACGUGCCCAAAUGUCGCACCGCUCUUGCUGAGCAUUGCGUGGAUAGCUACAACCCGGACCUAUGCUCGAUGUGGAUGGACAAAUGCUCCGAAGAAAUCGAGGCGCCAUACUUGUACACGGGUCAAAACCCCUACAACAUCAAAGACGAUUGCAAGUCAGGUCUCUCCCCCAACCUCUGCUAUGAUGUUACGGAUGAUAUUAGAAUGUAUCUGGAUCGAGAUGAUGUUAGGGACCUUGUUGGUGCGAUGCCUAAAGAUGAGAUCGGGAAAUUUGCUAGUUGCAACGAAGAUGUCAACGUAGGCUUUGGUAGAAUGCUAGACUCGACCCACGAUAAUGGCUACAACGUUGCCGGCCUCCUCGAAAGAGGAGUGCGCGCAUUGAUCUAUGUGGGUACGUUGGAUUGGAUCUGCAACCACAACGGAAACUACGAAUGGGUCAGUACGCUGGAUUGGAGCGCAAGCGAGCAAUGGAGGAAAGCAAACAACUACGAAUGGGUAGUGGAUGGGGACAAGGCAGGUAGGACGCAAAGUGGAGGUGGGUUGACUUGGGCCACUGUCUAUGAGGCCGGUCAUAUGGUGCCUUAUGAUCAACCUGAUGCUGCUUUGGCGUUGUUGAAUAGGUGGCUGGAUGGACAGGAACUUUAG